GCUUAUAUAACUGGCAGUCCUAAGGGCCAGAUUUCUUCUGUCAAAUUAGAACAUGGGGACCUUCGGUUUUUGCCUGUUGCUGUUUUGUAUUCUUGCUUUUGCCAACAGCAGCACCCCAGAUUGUGUUGGAGAGCAACAAGGGAUACCAAGUGACCAUGCACAGGUAUCUGGAUUAUGGAACUUGAUUGCUUUAUCGCUGUGUCCAUCUGCUCCAUAUGGUUUUGAUAUUGCAACCUAUGCAUACACAAACUUAUCAGUCACUGAAACAGGUGUGAAUUUUACCAUUUUUUAUAAUCCAAUGGCAAAACUUGAUGGAUAUGACUAUUACUAUGAGAGAAUACCUGGAUCAACGGCUUAUAAAUAUGUAACAACAGAUGCUGCUCUAGCUAAUUACACUGGCAAGUUUGUCCGAACCCAGCCAGACAGUAUGCUUUGCUAUGAAAGAAUCAAUGGUUCAUUGUGUGGGGCAUUUUUGCACAGUAAAGGAGUAUCCCUUUCAGAAGAUGAAUUAGAGAACUUUAAAGAGUGGAGCAAAUGCAAUGGUUUAGAUCAAGUCAAAGUUUUAAAGCCUCACAUCAGUUAUGCCCAAGUAUGUCACGGCCAUUUUGAAAUUUCAGAAAACCUAAAGGAACUUAAGGAUACAGAAACCUGGGGUCUCAUUGCCAAGGCUUCUACCUACCCUGAUCCACAUUAUGAUAUCAGGCUUCUGUACUCAGCAAAACUGGAGAUCAGCAAAAAGGGAAAUGAGUAUACAGUAAGAGAGAUCCAGACUGUGUCGGUGAUGGAGAAGACCUUGAUGGAGUUGAAAUAUGAACAAGGAGUGACAGGAAGUAAGAUAAAUCUGCGUGAGUUUAAAACUGAGGAAAAUGUGCUACUCCUGGGAAUUGAAAAUGAGGCAGGAAGAACUUUAUACCUAGCUUCUAAAACAUCUAAAGCAAAACAAUCUCUUCUUGAAGAAUUUGAUGUGCAUGCUAAGUGUUUUCAAGGAAACUAUACUUACUUUGUUCCUGGGAGUAAAAAGGAAGCCACAGACUGAAAACACCAGUAACAUUCUGACAGACCUGUGAAAGACCUGAAUAAAGGAUAUCAUUACUAUACCAA